CCUCUUUCUUUUCAUUCCCAUAUCUCUUCUUCAUCACUAAAUUUUUCUAAAAAAAAAAAAUUAAUAAUCCCUCUUAAUUUAUUAAUUAAAAUCAUGGGCCGAUACCGCCGUACGGUUUCCUUCCCGAACCCACUUAGCCCGCAAAUGCGGCCCGGUGGAUCCGCUUCGAAGUCUUACCAUGUACGAUCUGUCUCGCUUCCUUGUUACCGAUUGCACCCUUUGAUUCCGCAGCUCCAGGAAGAGUUAGUCGGGCUUCAGGCCUGGGAAUGGGCCCAAUCCGGGCCAUGCUCAAGAGUUGUGGACGGGCUUACUCGUUUAAAGGGUGUUUUAGAUUCUCUUGACGAUGUACUACAGCUUCCUAUGACUCAAGAUUCAUUCUCCUCGAAAACCAACGUCGUUGAGAAGCUUCUAGAAGACUUUCUCCGCUUCGUGGACGUCUUUGGAAUUUUUCGGGCUUCCAUGUUGGGCCUUAAGGAGGAAGUUACUUCGGCCCAAGUCGCCCUUCGUAGGAAGGACGACUUAAAGUUGACCUUAUACUUAAAGGCUCAAAAAAAGAUUGCCAGUGAUAUUGGCAAGCUUAUCUCCACCAUUCCCGUGCCCUCGUCGAAUGGAACUACUAAUAAUGUCUUAAAUUCCGACUCAGAUGACGAGCUAGGGUACGUCAUCAGGGACGUGUACAGGGCAACAAUGUCGGUUUCCGAGACGGUCCUACGGGCCAUCACGGGCUCUUUCGGGCUAUGUAGAAGGCCCAUAUGGGCCAGUUUUGGGCUGGGAAAAAAGGUAAGAAAGGAUGAUCAAGCGAUGAUAGAGGAGUUCCAAAAGGUCAUUGGAAGAGUGGAGAGUUUAGUAGAGUUAAAAAAGAAUAAUUGUAAAGGAGAGAAAAAGAAGAAUGAGGAAGAAGUAAUGAGAAUGGGAGUAUUAAAGGCAAUGCAAGAGUUAGAUAAUUGUAUUGGAGAAUUGGAAAAAGGGAGUGAAAGAGUGUUUAGGAGUUUGAUUAGUACAAGAGUUUCUCUCCUUAACAUCCUAACUCAUGCAUAGGUGUCUUUGAAUCUAAUGGAGAGUUUAGUUAAUAAUAGUAGUUUAAAACAAAGAAUUGCAAAGAAAAUAGAAAAAUCUAAAUUAUUUUUUGAACUUUUGUUUUUGUAAAGUCAUUGUUUAUAAAUAUGGAGUGUUCGGCAAACUAAUUUAUUGAAAAUUUGGUUUGUUUUGAUACAAAUAGAGAGUUGGAUGGUCAAAUCAUCCAAUGAUAAUGUUUGGUAAAUUAGUUGGUUGAAAUAACUUAUUCAUAACAGCUUAUUAUUAUAAAUAAGUUGUUUUUGAAUAAGCUGCUCAAUAGUGUGUUCAAAACCAACUGGUUAAAUCAGUUAAUAUAUCAGCUAGUUAAAUCAGCCUCUAUAUUCAGCUAUUUGCUACCGGUUAUUAGCCGUUUGCCAAAGACUCCAUAAAAAUGUUAUACACAUAUUUGAAGAAUAAUUAUCAUAGUAUACCUUUAAGAAAUCAAGAAUUAUACUCCCUUCAAUUCAUAGCAAUUAUUCCAUUUGAUUUUUGGAUUCUAUUCAUCGAUUAUUCUUAAUUU